UUCAAUGUUAUACUGAUCUUCAGUUUUCUUGGGUCUCAUUAUUUCUUCUUCUAUAAUCACUGUGAAAUGUGGUUUACUAUUGAAACUUUAAUAAUGGGUUUCAUUUUUUCUUGUGUCUGGUUUGGAAGUUUGAACUUGAUCUUCUGUUUUAUCUUUGCUUGACCAUCUAGAGAAACUAAUGUUAGAAAUUUUCUUUUCUUAUUUGAUUGCUAAGAAAUCUGAUGAAAAUAAUUAAUGAUGUGUUACAUGUCAGACCAUUGCAGCAGACAAUGGUCACACUAUUCCUAGAAGUAGAAACCACAAUAUGGGAAAGGAAAACUGAGCCUUUUUAGAAAGUAAUGAUAUGUUGUGUUGAUUUAUACAUUGUGCAAACUAAUUCGAAUUGGGUGUUUGAGACCCACUAUUGAUUAAGAAAAGUUUUUAACUUAUGGUAUUUUUGCAUGCCCAAACUUUUGAAGAGAAUUGUUUGAUUUCGGGUGAUUCAACUAAAACAAGAUGGGAAUGGCUGCAGCUCCUGGGUCAUACAUGGCAACUAUUAAGCCUUGUAUUUCUUCUUCUUAUCCUAAAAUGCUUCUCUCAAGGGUGGUGUUCAUCGGCACUGGGCAUAAAGAGGCAUCUUGGACAAGGCUUGCAAGCUUCUCUCACAUCUCAUCAAGGCAGCCUUUCCAGCUUAGGAUCACUUCGGGACCUGUGAAAUUUGAAAAGUUUGUUACAAGAGCAAUGUCUGAGGCAAAUGACAACAAGCCUUUGUCGGGACUGCCUAUUGAUUUGAGAGGUAAAAGAGCAUUUAUAGCUGGUGUUGCUGAUGACAAUGGAUAUGGUUGGGCAAUAGCAAAAUCCCUUGCUGCUGCUGGAGCUGAAAUUCUUGUUGGAACAUGGGUGCCUGCACUCAACAUAUUUGAGAGCAGUCUAAGGCGUGGGAAAUUUGAUGAAUCACGCAUAUUGCCAGAUGGGUCAUUAAUGGAGAUCACCAAAGUUUAUCCCAUGGAUGCUGUUUAUGACUGUCCUGAGGAUGUUCCUGAAGAUGUGAAAACAAAUAAACGCUAUUCUGGGUCUUCAAAUUGGACAGUUCAGGAGCUUGUUGAAUCUGUGAAAAAGGAUUUUGGCAGCAUUGACAUUCUUGUUCACUCACUUGCAAAUGGACCAGAGGUAAGCAAACCACUUUUAGAGACAUCGAGAAAAGGAUAUCUUGCUGCUAUAUCUGCUUCAAGUUACUCCUUUGUUUCUCUACUCAAGCAUUUUCUUCCAAUAAUGAAUCCAGGAGGUGCUUCAAUUUCUCUGACAUACAUUGCUUCUGAAAGAAUAAUCCCUGGAUAUGGUGGAGGCAUGAGUUCAGCGAAGGCUGCCUUGGAGAGUGAUACACGUGUGCUGGCUUUUGAAGCUGGUAGAAAGCACAAAGUCAGAGUCAACACAAUAUCUGCAGGCCCAUUGAGGAGUAGAGCUGCAAAAGCAAUUGGAUUUAUUGAUAUGAUGAUCGAUUACUCACUGGCUAAUGCACCCCUACAGAAAGAACUAUCAGCAGAGGAGGUGGGAAAUGCUGCUGCCUUUCUGGCGUCCCCGUUGUCAUCAGCUAUCACAGGAGCUGUUGUCUAUGUUGACAAUGGUCUAAAUGCAAUGGGAGUGGGAGUUGACAGUCCAAUAUUUGUGAACCUUGACAUUCCCAAAGAUAACUGAAGCUGGUGUUUUAAGACGAGGAAAUGUUCAUGAAAAUUUUUAUUUAGCAAAAGUAGAUCUUUUUUUUCCAAAUCCAUUUACAAUUACCACAUUGUGAAAGAAGGCAAACAUGUUUAUCGUUUCCCCUUUCAAUGGAAGGGUAAUUACAUCUGUAGAUGAACAGUUGAAUUUUCAUUUCAACAUUAUUUGUUUCCUGAAAUGAAAUAGAGGGGUUUGAGGUUUUUUUUUUUUUAAAAAAAAAAAUUCUAUAAACUCAAAACCCCCUUCGCCCUGAUCAUCAAUGCCUGGCCGAAAAGAUCUCUUUUUUUAAAUUUCAAGUUAGGGUUUUGAGUGAAAAACAUGAACACUUAAUUGAAAUUUCGUGGAGAGAAAAGGGCAGUGUUGGGAGCGAAAAUGCCUUUAAGAAUUUUACACAGUGAAACGUUAGCUUGAAGCUUUGCAAGCUAAGAAUGGAUUAUUGAAGAGAGGUGUUGAGGAUCUCAGGCGAGAACUUGCUGACGCUUGUCAACCAAUUAAAGACCUUUAAAAACCCUACCUUUAUCUAUGGUAAUAGAUUUGCAUAAUGUACAAAUUCCUCAAGCUCUCUCCUCAGCUCCAUUUUCCUUUCUUUUGAAAUUUUUCUGUGUUGGCAAUGGAAAUCACAGCAGUUGUUGCAACAAACGAGACAUUUUCAUCAUCCUAUAGAGCUGAAGUUGCUGCAAAUGGUGAAAUGGCUCCAUGUCUAGGCUCUAGGAUUGCCCAAUCACUGUGAUGACUAUCCAAUGAGCCUGAAUGCUAUUCUUGUUGUGGGCCAAGCCCAGAGGGCAGGCAGGAUGAGCAUAAAAAGGUUUUAAUUUUUGCUCAGAGUAAAAUUAAUGCUAAAAACUAAAAAGGGUUUGGAGUCUGGAUGGAUAAUUUGCAUGUAAUAAUACUGUCUUCAGAGAAUUUUGACAUAAAAUUUGUGGAUGGUAAAAAUGUUGUGUGAAUUCCUUGUAUUAAAGAGAAAAGUGAAUGAAUGGCAGCAAGUUUUGCUUGUCAAAAUGGUUUUGGGGAAAUCCAAAACUUUAGAAACACUCAAAUGAUUUGGCAAACAUCAUUUCUCCUUAAAACUAUCAUUUUUCUUUUUCCUCAAAAAUAAUCAUUUGGACAUUCACCAAUUCUCCCAUAAUUCAUCCCUUUCUUCUCCUAACAUAACAACCUCAAUUUCUGCUACAUUUUUCCUCCAAUACCCUUCAUUUCCUCUAUCUCUCCCUAACUCCCAUUUCAUGACAAAUAGAUUUUCAAUUGAACCUGCCAACAAUCUUAAAAUCCAGUGGAAUAAUUCUCUUUUGUAGAUGGUAAAACAAUCAAAUUUUGACAUGUGAGGACAUGGACAGAUCUUAAAGAUUAUUUUUUGUUUUGUUGUUGCUAUAUCUAAAUGGUUUCCUCAAUCCUCUAAUAUGAUUCUUUUGGUGGAUUCCCCUAGCAGGUACGGUUGCAUUGGUCAAGGUUUUAUUAUGGUGGUUCAUGGUUGGGAUCUUUGUGUUUAUAAAAGUUCUUUUGCUUGAUUUUGAUUGGUGAUCAUGGGAUUUAUGUGCUUAGCCUGAACUGCUACGUUUCUGGAAUUAUUUAUGCAGUUCUUCUGUUUGUGAUACUUUGUGUGUUUGUGUGUGCGUGUUUUAUUGGUGAUCAUUGAUGGGUCUGCCUGAUUAGAGUUUCUGGAAUUGUUUAUUUGGAGUGAUGCUAAAUAUAUGUGUCUAGUUAUCAGUUUCUUGACUCUCUUCUCUUUUCCUUGCUAACUGGAGUCACAGGAUUACCAUAUGACUGAUCCUGUGAUUCCCAUCAAUGUCUGAUGAUUUCGUUUUUGAUAAGAGAAUCAUAUAGUGGAAGUCAAUGUUCUGUUUUUGCAGUUGAGCUAAAACUUAAUUUGGCUAUUUCAGAAAAUUUGACCAGCUCAAUAUCCUCAUCUCUUAUCUGUUGCUAUUUCCUACUUUUCUUUCAUCACGGCCAGAUCUCUUCUGAAGGACCUCACAGAAUUCAUGGAACAAUUUAUACAAUUCCUACAUGUUAGAUGGGUGAUUAUCUCUCCAUGAUUGGCAGAUUAUUUUUCUUGUGUAGGAAGAUCAGUGGCAGAUUGCGGAGGUAUGUAAGCAAUGAGUUAGUUCAAGCUUUUUGGUGCUAUCAUCAUUUGCAGGCAGAGCAUGUUUUCUUAUUUCGCAGGAUUCCCUCAAAUCAGUUGAACCAAUAGUUCGCCAGGGAGGUCCUCUUGAAUACCACCAUAGGAAAUAGUCAAGCUGUUAGAAUUUGAGCAGGUGUCUUAUUAAUAGGAGUUGUGAAUUGCCAGUUUUCCGCCAUUGUAGUUUACCUUCUUGGUUUAGUUCUGAGGCUGUCUUUCUUGCAAGAGUCGUCCUUCUUUAGAAUGCUCUGAAAGACUAGGAAUCUCCCCCAUCUUCUUCUGUUUAUUCAUGGCAAUUUAACUAGGACCUUUUUGUAUGAAAUUCUAGCUUUUGUGAGAUCUGGUAGACGCUGUAUCCUCUCUUUUAGAGAUACUGUUAAAGCCAUUAAAGUCCCUUGAUGAUUUAGAUGGGUAGAAACUUCCAUCUAAUGUGAACAAGCUGAAUUUUGCCUAUCGGCCAUGUUAAAAACCGACAAAUUGAUUGACUCAACUACCAAAUCGACACCUAAAGGAGAGGCAAAUAUUGAAGUCCUACAUUUGGUAAUGGGAACUCGUGCCGUCUGCUAGCUGUUGCCAGGCCAAUUCUCCCACCACCGACCUAACUUUAUUAACCAGUCUGGAACCAUAGGACGGUUGUCCUCUCAUCUCUACCCCUUCAAACCCAAAACUCGUACCGAUUAUUUGUCAUGCAUGUAGUCAUGAUGAUUUAAUUGGCCUUUAGCUUGAAUCAUUCACUCUCAUGAAAUGUCACAAUAAUUUGUUGCGCAGACAAAACUAUCAUGAUGCUGAUGCAUUCCAGAUUUUUAUAUCAAGUAUCUUAUUGUACUGUGGCUUGCAGGAAUAGCAUAUGUUGGAAAAAGAUCGUUGAAGUCUUGGUUUCUGUUAAUGUAUGAUUUUCCCAAGUGAUGCACGACAGACUGCAGCCAUUUUAGCCCCAAAUCAAAAUUUUUACAUUGAAAACAAUAUUGAAUAAUUUUCCAUUCCACUCCAAGUUCUCUAACACCUACGCCCUUUCAUCCAGAUGAUCAAGGAGCUAUUUUCCAAAUGGAUUAAGUUAGGGCACUGAUUCUCUUACAAGAUUUUGGCAACUUCUCUGUUCGAGGACCAGAUGCAAAAAUCUAAAAAAAAAAUGAACAGAAAAAUCAAAGUCAUCUAUUGCAAUUCACAUCCUACCACCAUUUGAUGCAAACUUCUGAAUCUUUUGGACUUAC